GCCGGGAGUUCAGGGGCCAUCUUCCGAGGUCCUCAUGGUUUCCCUCCCGGCUGGUACGGCCGUGAUGAACGGUACGGCCGACCCGAGGGCGCUUCUGAGAUGCAUCACCCUCGAGAUUGACAGAGUAGCCCUCGGGGCUGAUGAAGACGAAACCCUCGAGGACAGGAUCCUCCGGUCUUCCCUCACAACCUGCAUUGCCCUCGGGGAGCAAGCCCGGCGGCUAGAGGAGUGGCGCCUUCGCAAGGCCGAGCAGGAGGCCAAGAUGCGGGAGCUCAUCCGCCAGAAUGCAGACGCUGUUCGGCAGAUGGCUAUGCUAGAGGAGAGCCUUCGGCAGAUGACCCUGCGGGCGGAGGCCGCAGAUCGGGGUAGGGCAGAAGCCGAGAGGUCCGCAGCUGAGGCCUUGGAGAAAGCUGUCAAGGAAGCCGAGGCCGCGAAGGUGGAAGCCGUCGAGAGAGCCCGAGGGGACGCAAUCUCGGGGUUCUUGGCAGGGGGGUGGCGGUCCGAG